AUGCAGCUGUACGCCAUCCUCACCGCGGCCGCCACCGUUUUCUCACUCAGUGCCAUGGUUCAGGCCAGACCACUACCAUGCCCAGAUCUGAAGCGUGACCUCAUUCUCAGCGGUCAGGCCAGUCCCGAGAUAUGCUGUUCCUACGGCACAUGUAAAGGCGACGUCAACAUCAUCAGCGGGUGA